CACGAUCAGCGACACCGCCUCCCUCUCUUCUUUGCCUUCUCCUCUUCGCUCCUCUUGGACUCACUCGCCUCUUACCUCCCCUCGUGCCUGGGGCCCUGGCCCUAGCCUGGGGCGGGGCGCCUUCAGUACUCCCUGCCCUGGGGUAGGGGAGUCUAUAGAAUAAGUGUGGGAUCUUUCAUUCUAGCUAAGAAGCCUCCAUCCACAACGUUUGUCAGGAGCCCCAGAGGGACUGAGGGUACCGGAUCCCCCGCGGAGGACCAAGGAAUGAGAAGGGUAAGGAUUGGGAGAGUUCCACCGGCAAUACUUUUCUGCUUCCCGCCCCUGUGGCGCUGACCAGGGAUUUUCUCCCCUGUGUUUCUUCUGGGUCUGUUCAAAAUUUGCAUAAUUGAAGACAGGGGUUAUGAAGUCCAACCUAGAUGGCCUCGCGGAUACCACCUUCCGGACCAUCACGACAGACCUCCUUUACGCAGGCUCUAACGAUAUUCAGUACGAAGAUAUCAAAGGCAACAUGGCAUCCAAACUAGGCUACUUCCCACAGAAGUUCCCUUUAACUUCUUUUAGGGGUAGUCCAUUCCAAGAAAAAAUGACUGCAGGAGAUAAUCCCCAGUUAAUUCCAUCAGACCAGAUAAAUAUCACAGAGUUUUACAACAACAAAUCCUUGUCCUCCUACAAGGAUAAUGAGGAGAAUAUCCAGUGUGGAGAGAACUUCAUGGACAUGGAAUGCUUCAUGAUUCUAAACCCUAGUCAGCAGCUGGCCAUCGCGGUAUUGUCCCUCACGUUGGGCACUUUCACAGUCCUGGAGAACCUGUUGGUGCUGUGUGUCAUCCUCCACUCCCGUAGCCUCCGCUGCCGGCCCUCCUAUCACUUUAUCGGUAGCCUGGCGGUGGCAGACCUGCUGGGAAGUGUCAUUUUUGUCUACAGCUUUGUCGACUUUCAUGUAUUCCACCGGAAAGAUAGUCCAAAUGUAUUCUUGUUCAAAUUGGGUGGAGUGACGGCCUCCUUCACGGCCUCCGUUGGCAGCCUCUUCCUCACGGCCAUUGACAGAUACAUAUCUAUUCACAGGCCACUGGCUUAUAAGAGGAUCGUCACCAGACCCAAGGCUGUGGUAGCGUUUUGUGUCAUGUGGACCAUCGCUAUUGUGAUUGCUGUGCUCCCUCUUCUAGGAUGGAAUUGCAAGAAGCUCCAGUCAGUUUGCUCAGACAUCUUUCCUCUUAUUGAUGAAACCUACUUAAUGUUCUGGAUUGGCGUCACUAGUGUUCUACUGCUGUUCAUUGUGUAUGCUUACGUUUAUAUAUUGUGGAAAGCACAUAGUCAUGCAGUGAGAAUGAUCCAACGAGGCACUCAAAAGAGCAUCAUUAUUCACACAUCAGAGGAUGGCAAGGUGCAGGUCACUAGGCCUGACCAAACCCGCAUGGACAUCAGGUUAGCCAAAACCCUUGUCCUAAUCCUGGUGGUCCUGAUUAUAUGCUGGGGUCCACUGCUGGCCAUUAUGGUCUAUGAUGUCUUUGGGAAAAUGAACAAACUCAUUAAGACAGUGUUUGCUUUCUGCAGUAUGCUCUGCUUACUGAAUUCUACCGUGAACCCUAUCAUAUAUGCUCUGAGGAGCAAGGACCUGAGGCAUGCUUUCCGGAGCAUGUUUCCCACUUGCGAAGGCACAGCACAGCCCCUGGAUAACAGUAUGGGGGAAUCCGACUGCCCGCACAAACAUGCAAAUAGUGCAGGCAAUGUUCACAGGGCUGCUGAAAGUUGCAUCAAGAGUACAGUUAAGAUUGCCAAAGUAACCAUGUCUGUGUCCACGGAUACCACAGCCGAGGCGUUGUGAGCUGAAGACUUCUCAGCCACAUUGGGAGAAAAGAAAUUAGGUUAUUUUUGUUUGUUUGUUUGUUUAUUUGUUUGUUUAAAGGAGUCUAUCCUCUCAUGUUUUUGAAUUUUUGAACCAUGUUCAGUUGAAAGGUAAUUGUCACAAUGCUCAUUAGUCAUUUUAAACAAUGAGAAAUUAAAACACAACUCUUCACAGGUUUUACAAUUAAGAAAGUUGGUUGGUUGAUUUUUUUUUUCUUAAAGCAUGUUACUUGAGUCACCUGUGUUUGACUAAAUAAAGGAAAAAGUUCCAGUGAAAUAAAUGGAAAACUUGUGGGGGAACAUGAUCCAAACGUUAUGUAGCUGUUUGAAAAAUUCCAUCAAACGAGUAAAGCCUUUGUAACCAUAACUUUCAUGCUAUUGUAAAAUGUAUUUGAUGUCUAUAAGUAACAGAGGUUUCCGUUUUCCCCCCCUAAAAGCUGCAGUACAGAAUUAGAGCUAUUUUGUAAAACUGUAUUGUCCUGUGAACUGUGUACUGAUGUUUAUUACAUGUUAUUUAUAUUUGUCUAGUUGGGCAAUAUAGAAAGAUACAGACUUGUAUGGAAACAAAACAGAAUAUGCAGUGGAUAAAUCCCAGUGAAAACCCUUAUUUGCCAAUCAUCCAUAUAAUGACUUUAGAAAUCUUACACUUUAUUGUCUCCAAUAUUUUCAUUCUUUCUUUUAACAUUUCAAAUACCCCUAACCCUUAAUUUUCCUGUUAACACAACAUAAGCAUAAUAGGAGUAUAAAGAUCCAUUCCCUAUAGUGAACAACAUUCAUUGAUCCCCAACUUUCAACUUGAAAUUGUAAUUUUGAGUUCUAGAGUAAUUCAGUUUGCAUUUUCUUAUAAGGACAUUUCUUAUGACAGGGUCUUCUGGACUAUUGCUAUUUGGUUGUAUAAUGUAUGACUCCAAGAACCGAAGAACAAAGGAUUAAUGGCUACUUUUAACAACACCUAAUUUUUUUCCUUAAGUCUUUAGCUAUCCCCAUAUCUCUUAAGACAGCAUGUGUCAAUCUUAAUGUAAGGUGUUAUCACUGUGCCGUUGAUGUAUACUUGAAGAGUAUUGCAUUUUUAUAUUCCAGGAUUAAGUAGAUUCUCUGCCUAGGAGGCCAAACAAGAGUCUUCAUUUAUUUUAAUUGAAAAGAAAUAUUGUCUGGAUUAGCAAAAGUACACUACGUGAGUGUGAAUUUCUGUGUGUGUGUGUGUGUGUGUGUGUGUGUGUGCAUAGGCCGUAAAUGUGUGUGUGUGUGUCACAGUGAUAUUAUAAAGUUAGAAAACUGUGGCUAGGUUUAAAUCGUAUUACUUGUUGCGCUCUUUGCACAUGAAUUCAGUUUCUAAAAUUGAGUUCUUUUCAACAUCUUGGUUAAUGAAACUACAGAUUGCAAAAAAUCAGAAAAUUUUCAUCCACUUUGAGAAAGUAUGUCAAGCACAUGUCAAGAACAACACUUAACAAGGAGCAAUUGAUUAAAUAUAAUUCAAUGAAAAAUCCUGUACUUUCAGUGCUAAAGAAAAACAUUCUAAUUUCCCAACUUGGAGCACAGAACAUUAAAAAAUAUAAGGAGGCAGCAUGGUAGAAUGAAUGGAUAAAGAGAUGGCCUCAGAUCCAGGAAGACAUGGGUUCAAGGAUCUUUUGACAUACUGGUUACAAGAUGCUGGAUAAGUUACUUAAGCUCUGAUCAUGCUAGGUAAAUAUAGAAGAUGAUAAACUGCAGACUAGCUGCCUACCUGCAUUGCUGGAGGGAAUUUCCUCAUUUGGGAGUUAUAUCCCCAUCUAUCUCUAGGGAGGGAGGCAGGCCUCAUUAUAAAAAGAUGAACAUGCCACAGUAAACUUGAAACCAUUAAAAAAAAAAGUAAUGGUUCAUCUAGCCCUUGUGAAUCCUAGUUUUAAUGACACUAAAGGGAUCUCAGGCCUUUCUCAAAUCCACCUCUAAUGAGGCAUGACUACUCGUCACAGCCUACAUGGCACAAGGAGAUAGUAGGCUGGGCAGUUUAUUUAGAUACUGAAGAGAUGUUCUUGAUUAUUGGAGCCUGACUCGCUUUUGGAACCCAAAUUCAGCAAGAUCACCUCUCUCUUUUGCCCAGAUUCACUUGGUAGAUGCACAGACCUCUCUGUCUUGCAUUUCCUGUGCAAACUCCACUUUUAUGAGACCACUGUCCUAAUCCUGGCAGUUGACUGAGAUUUAUUGACAAGUAAAGAUUGGUCAAAAUGAGGCUUUUUUUAGGUCCCAAUAUUUUAUCCCUUCACGGUGUCAUAGGGGCCCAAAAAUGGGUAUUCUGCCAAAAAGAAUGAGAUUUAAGAGGCUGAUAAACCCUGAUGGAUUUUAUUUAUACACAAUCUUCUCUCCUUCCAGAGACAAAUCAUUACUCCUGCAGCACCCUGAGGCUAGGUCUGUACAGCACAAGGUGAAGUGGAAAGUUUAAAAUUAUCUGGUGGAUUCAGUAAAAAAAAAAAGUUUCUCUACUAGUCUUUAAGUCCCUUCCCCUAUUCUCCCAUCUCACAAUUAUGAUCUCUGAUCAAACUUCUCUGUGGACAAAACUGGAAUUGGCUGUCUUCAUAGACCAGAUUGCCUCAAAGUCUCUAAGUGCAGAUGAGACCCUAGGGUGCUAUGGUAAUAAUAAUUUCUCUGGAGAAGAAGAGAAGGUUGACUUAUGAAUAAAUUCUGCUAGGGCCUAAUAGCCCUUUAAAAAAAAUAACCAUUCUUUUGCCCUGAAUUGUUCAAAGUGGUUAUCUGUACAGCUCAGAAUUCACCAGGUAGCUAGCUACCAACUCUCUUCUCUGUUAUGAAACUCUGUCCUCAGUGAAAUUGAGUGGGAGAAGGAAUUGGAGGAAGGCCAAGCUUUAAAAAAAAUAUAUCCAAGAUCCUCUUUUUGAAACUGUGUUCCUGUGAAUUCAAUGCAGAUUUUGUAAAUUUGUUGUGCUUUCAAGAUCUAAAUUGUAUGUAAUAAAUCAAGGGACAAUGGGGCUGUCAGCACUAAACUCGGUGCUUAUCUAUAUAAUAAGAAAUAGCAUCUUGUGUAAGAUACUACCAUGUAUCUGUCACAAUACCUUACAUGCAUACAUUCUAAACCAGUUCUGCACACUUUGCCUUUUUUUUAAUCACUUGCUAAUUCAAGUGACUAAAACAUACUCCCUGCUGAAAAUUGUCACUAGAACGACAAUUAGUUAACAAAUCAGUUCCUUAAGCAAAGCUAGUUUCUUUAAUGUGAGUAUGCUUUAGGUAAAUCUGCUACACAGUCAUCAGCUUUCCAUUGGUGAUUAAAAAUUAUCCAAACAACUCACAGGUCUUAGUCCUAAAUACUUCACCAUUGUGGGCCAUCAUUCAUGAAGGGACAUACUCCCAGUUGACUUUAUUUCUUGUAAGGAACUGACCCAAGCACCGACUUCCUUUGGCCUGGUCUUCACAGCUGCAAUCAACUCAGUAACUGGUUGUCAAGCCCAGAUUUUUUCCAUUAUAUGUACAUAUGUAUAAUGUAAAGGAAACUUGAGGUUUAGGAUGGACUGUCAUGCGGGUUGCUUAUCUAAACACCAGCUAUUUGUUAGGACCCCAUAAAGCUGUGUGAUGGCAUUUUCAGAAGAUUCUGGUACUUCAGAUCACUUCCACAAGUAAUAAGCAACACCAUCCGCUGUGGGAGAAUUUGGCCCUGCUUGAAUAGCGCUGUAGUUAUCAUUCUAUCUGUUCAUUUCAGGUGUUUCAUAUCUGUAAAAGAGACCACCUAUAUCAUGUGCAAAAUUAGACUCCUCAUGAUCUAAUUGUAUAUUUGUAUGAUAUUUUAAGAUCUCCUAAAUGCUGUGCUAAGGCUAAAAUGUUUUUUUUCUUGCACUGGCCCUCUGAUGAAAUGUUCAUGUUACCUAUUGUAACAUAGACAAGACAUUUUUUCUACUGAUUUGGGCUGAAUGUAUGUAAAUAAGUUUUUCAAAAGCCAGGUGUAUAAUCAGUGGCCUAAAAAUCAGUGCUUUUCAGAUAGGGCAGUGUGUUUAAGUCGCUAUGGCCACCUAAAAGCUAUCUUCAGAUAGAUCCCAUGUAUUGAGUGCUGGGGACACAUGAUUCCCCAAGAAGGGAAAUGUUUUCUUGUAAUAAUAAGCAGCUGAGACGCUGAGUUAUCUGAACUUUUAUUUCUAAUGUUUCAAAGUGAAGAACACAACUCUUUAUUGUCUGUAAAUCUAACAUUAUUACUUUCUCUUAGAAGAAUAUUGUAUUGUUAGAUGUUUGUUGAGCUGGUAACAUCCCUGCAACCGCUGCAAUAUCCUUGUUAGUAAUCUGUAUGAAACUUUGUACACAAGUUCUGGAAAAAUUGUCAUUAAAAGUAGCUUCAACCAUUCAA